GCCUCAAACGGCAAUUUUUGUUUCUUCAUCACUAAUGCUAUAAUACUGCUGCAUUACAGUCAAAUAUGGUUGUUUAGUUGUUAUAUUUAAAGAUUAUAUUACAGCUUCGUCACCGAAAAGGAAAAGAAAAAAAUAAAAAAAAGAGUAACCGUAUUAAGAUCGGCCAUGCUUUUAGCCAGGAGAACUCUAUUCGAAUGUAUCGAUCGCAUUAUAAAUUUGAGACUGAUGCAAUGUAUACAUACGUCAUCUAUUUGCAAGAAAAGAGAAGACAGGAAAGCCAUGAUGGCCUCUAUGCCGAAAAGAGAUGAAGGCGUACAAGGAGAGAAGUCAUUCGAUAUCGAUUCGCCAAUGUUAAGGAAAAGUUUUUUUCCAGAUGAAAAUACUCCAAAUCUAAUUUUUGGUGAUACAUUAUAUUCAGAACUUCCUAUUGUCCACAUUCAAGUAACAAAAAAUAAUACCAUCAUGACAUUAUCAGAUUAUAAAGGAAAACUCAUUGUAACUAGAUCAUGUGGAAUGGAAGGAUUUAAAAAUACUCGGAAAGGCACAAAUGUUGCAGCUCAGGCUACUGCAAUUUCAAUGAGUUUGAAAGCAUUAGAGAAUGACUGUAAAAAAGUCAGGGUGGUGAUAAAAGGUUUAGGGCCUGGACGAAUGUCUUCUAUCAAAGGACUUCAGAUGGGUGGAUUGGAUAUUAUUUCAAUUACUGAUAAAACACCAGUACCAGAACCUGGAGUUAGAGCAAGAAAAGCAAGAAGAAUAUAACAUAAAAUUUUGUUAGGUUUGGUUGUAAUCAAUUUAGAACAAUAUUUGAUAGGUACAUGUAAAUGUUGUUAGCAGUAUUGUUACAAAGUGCAAAAGUAAUUUGUGAAAAUAUCAAAAAUUUUUUUGUAUUUAAUAAGUAAACUUAAGGUUUAUUUCUAUAAAGUCAAUAAAAAUGUUGUAAAU